AUGUCGGGAGCCAUCUUCGUGCCCCUGGAGGGCCUGGGGGCCCCGGACGCCGCGAGCGGCCACCCGCUGGUGUGCCCGCUGUGCCACGCACAGUUCGAGCGCCCGUGCCUGCUGGACUGCUUCCACGACUUUUGUGCCGGCUGCCUGCGGGGCCGCGCCACCGACGGCCGCCUCGCCUGCCCGCUGUGCCAACACCAGACGGUGGUGAAGGGCCCCAGCGGGCUCCCUCCUGUGGAUCGGCUGCUGCAGUUCCUGGUGGACAGCUCAGGGGAUGGCAUGGAGGUGGUGCAGUGUGCCAACUGUGACCUGGAGUGCGGCAAGCAGGACGCAGAGACCACGUACUUCUGCAACACGUGUGGGCAGCCGCUGUGCGCACGCUGCCGCGAUGAGACGCACCGGGCACGCAUGUUCGCGCGCCACGACAUCGUGGCCCUGGGCCAGCGCAGCCGCGACGUGCUCCAGAAGUGCACGCUGCACGCCGAGCCCUACAUCAUGUUCUCCACCGACAAGAAGUCGCUGCUGUGCAUCCGCUGCUUCCGGGACAUGCAGGGGGAGAGCCGGGCGCACUGCGUGGACCUCGAGUCAGCCUACGUGCAGGGCUGCGAGCGGCUGGAGCAGGCGGUGCUGGCCGUGAAGGCCCUGCAGACGGCCACACGGGAGGCCAUCGCGCAGCUGCAGGCGAUGGUGGAGGAGGUGCGGCGCAGCGCGGCGGAGGAGGAGGCCGCCAUUCAUGCCCUCUUCGGCAGCAUGCAGGACAAACUGGCCGAGAGGAAAGCGCUCUUGCUGCAGGCGGUGCAGAGCCAAUACGAAGAGAAGGACAAGGCCUUCAAGGAGCAGCUCUCCCACCUGGCCACUCUCUUGCCCACCCUGCAGGUUCACCUGGUCAACUGUUCAUCCUUCCUCAGCCUGGCCAAUAAGGCUGAGUUCCUGGACCUGGGCUAUGAGCUGUUGGAGAGGCUGCAGGGCAUCGUCACGCGGCCGCAGCGCCUCCGGCCAGCGCAGAAUAGCAAGAUCGCCAGCGACUACCGCGCCGAGUUCGCGCGCUGCCUGGAGCCGCUGCUGCUGCUGGGGCCACGCCGGGCGCCGGGGGCCGGGGCCGCCCCCAACACGCUAGCAGCGAGCUCAGGCCCCAACGUGCUGAUGGGGCCCAGCUGCCCUUCCCCAGCGGGAAAGAUGCUGGGGUCACUAAUCCAAAAGCCCACGCUGCACCGGUCCAUCAGCACCAAGGUGCUGCUGGCCGAGGGUGAGGAUACACCCUUUGUGGAGCACUGCCGCCACUAUGAGGACUCCUACCGGCGCCUGCAGGCAGAGAUGCAGAACUUGAAGGACCAGGUACAGGAACUGCACCGGGACCUCACCAAACACCACUCGCUCAUCAAGGCGGAGAUCAUGGGAGACAUCCUGCACAAGUCCGCACGGGUGGACGCGCAGAUCGCCUUGGAGUACGCCUCCCUGGAGGGGAUGAGAGCGGUCUUCCAGGAGAUUUGGGAGGAAUCCUACCAGCGGGUAGCUAACGAGCAGGAGAUCUACGAAGCCCAGCUCCGUGACCUUCUCCAGCUGAAGCAGGAGAAUGCCUACCUGACCAGCAUCACCAAGCAGAUCACGCCCUACGUCCGCUCCAUUGCCAAGGUGAAGGAGCGACUGGAGCCCAGGCUUCAGGUGCCCGCGGGGGAACAGCUGGACCACCUACAGAACACACACGAGGAGGACGUCAGUGCUGAGACCCAGGCCAGGAAUGACCCGGUGAGUGUCGCAGAGAAGAGAGAGAUGUCAGAACCCAGAGGGAACAGCCGGACUCCAAACAGCCUCAAAGAAGAGCCUCCACUGAAAAACAAAGACCCUCACAGACCCAAACCGAAAAAUGGGGGCGAGGGCCCAACACAGAGAGAGCGCCCGACUUAG